AUGAUGCGCACUCCCGCUCUCUCUGGAGCCCUGCUUGCGACGAGCCCGCUCAUCUUUGGGACGCUGGCUCGCUCCGCAUCCAUUCUGUUUACCGAUGCCACAAUUGUAACGUUCAAUGACGAGACCCGCAAAACGCAGAUUCUCGAAAAUGCAUCUCUUCUGGUGGAAAACGACAGCAUCACGGGCAUCUACGAUAGCCCUCCCGCCCACGGCCACGACGUCGAGGUUGUGAAUGCCAGCGGCAAGAUCAUCACGCCUGGAUUCAUCGACACACAUCACCACAUGUCGCAGAGUGUCAUGAAGACCUUGGCCUCCAACAGCACGUUUGUCGAGUACUUCCAACGCUAUGGCGAUUUCAGUGCUCUGACCCAGGCGAUUACACCAGAGGCAAAGUAUCUCAGUUCCAUGAUGGGCGCCUUUGAGCUCCUGGCUGCGGGUACGACGACGGUGCUGGAUCAUGCACAGGGUAGUGCGUCCUUUGCCAGUGCCGAAGCCAUUCUCAAUGCCACACUCGACUCUGGUCUGCGCAACAUGCAUGCCUUUUCCGUGCGCGACAAUAUCCCCAACUACACCGUGGCCGAUCAAAUGGCCACGCUUCGCACCUUUUCGCAGGAUCCCCGUGUGCUGGCAAACCCUCUGGUGGAAAUGGGCCUGGCAUACGACUUCUUCGAGGGGAGCCCAGAAAACGUCACCAGAGGGCUUUGGGACAUUGUAAAAUCCGGUAACCUGUCCGUCAUCACCACCCACUUUAUCUCUGGGACAUGGAGGAUCGCUGGCAACCCUCCGACAUUCUUAGACUCGCUGGGCUGGCUCGACUCGUCCGUUCCCGUAGUCUUCGCACACGGAACCUACAUCAAUGAGACUGACAAGGAGAUUCUACGUGCCAAGGGGCACUACAUUUCCAUUGCUGUCGAGUCAGAGAUGCAUUUCGGACAUACCAUUCCCUUUGCCGACGAGAUUCAGGACCAGGGUGCUCUAGCUGCGGACACACACUUUACGUUUGAAGGCAGCAUGAUCUCUGCCGCGCGACUGUGGCUGCAGCACACACGCUUGAAGUACUACACCAAACUCAUCAACUCGAACCAAGUGCCCGGUACGAGCCCCAUGUCCGUAGACCAGGCGUUUUACCUUGCGACGCGAGCAGGUGCAUUGGCUCUGCGCCGUCCUGAUCUCGGGGUGUUGCGUGCCGGGGCCAAGGCCGACCUUGUCGUCUUUGAUGGCGACAGUCCCAACAUGGUAGGCUGGAAGGAUCCUGUUGCUGCCGUCAUCUUGCACUCUAGUAUCGCAGACGUCGAGGCCGUGCUGGUUGAUGGUAACUGGGUGAAGCGCGAUAGAAAGCUGACCUACAAGGGGCAUGAUGAUAUCAAGAGGCGGUUCAAGGAGGCAGCCAAGGUCGUCCAGCAGAGCUUUGCUGAAAUGCAGUGGCCCCCUCUUGAGGGACUGUUCCUCAAUGGAACGCAGAUUGGCCAGACUCAGAGGAUGGAUGUUCUUCCAGGAGAGGGUACGGGGUAUUAA